CGCUGCAACAAAAUAACCGCGAGCAAGACAGGUGGAGGCUGCGCUGCUAGUGGGGGCGUGGCCUGGUCCAGUGACCCGAACGAGCCUAGGCCAGUGUUCUAGGGAAUCAGGAUGCGGACUCCGGGCGCGGGCGCGGCCUCCGUGGCCUCGCUGAUGCUGCUGUGGCUGCUCGGGCUGCCGUGGACCUGGAGCGCCGCGGCGGCGGUCGGCGUGUACGUGGGAGGCGGCGGCUGGCGUUUCCUGCGCAUCGUCUGCAAGACGGCCAGGCGGGACCUCUUCGGCCUCUCCGUCCUACUCCGGGUGAGGCUGGAGCUGCGGCGCCACCAGCGCGCCGGCCACACCAUCCCGGGCAUCUUCCAGGCCGUGGCGCAGCGACAGCCGGAGCGCCUGGCGCUGGUGGACGCGGGCAGCGGGGCGCGCUGGACCUUUGCGCGCCUGGAUGCCUACGCCAACGCCGUGGCCAACCUGUUCCGUCAGCGAGGCUUCGGGCCGGGCGACGUGGUGGCCGUGUUCGUGGAGGGCCGGCCGGAGUUCGUGGGGCUGUGGCUGGGCCUGGCCAAGGCGGGCGUGGAGGCGGCGCUGCUCAACGUGAACCUACGCCGGGAGCCGCUGGCCUUCUGCCUGGGCACGUCGGGCGCCAAGGCCCUGGUCUUCGGCGCGGAGCUAGCGGAGGCGGUGGCCGAGGUCAGCGCGCAGCUGGGCAAGAGCCUGACCAAGUUCUGCACGGGAGAGCCAGGGCCUGAGGGUGGCCUGUCGGACGCCCAGCUCUUGGACCCGCUGCUGCUCGGCGCGUCCACCGAGGCCCCCGCGCAGCCCGCGGGCAAGGGCAUGGACGAUCGGCUGUUCUACAUCUACACCUCGGGGACCACGGGGCUGCCCAAGGCCGCCAUCAUCGUCCACAGCAGGUACUACCGCAUCGCGGCCUUUGGCCACCACGCCUACAGCAUGAACCAGGCCGACGUGCUGUACAACUGCCUGCCCCUGUACCACUCUGCAGGGAACAUCAUGGGCGUGGGCCAGUGUCUCCUCUAUGGGCAGACCGUGGUCCUCCGCAAGAAGUUCUCGGCCAGCCGCUUCUGGGACGACUGCGUCCAGUUCAACUGCACGGUGGUCCAGUACAUCGGGGAGAUUUGCCGCUACCUGCUGCGGCAGCCUGUUCGCGAGGCCGAGGGCCAGCACCGCGUGCGCCUGGCUGUGGGCAACGGGCUGCGGCCGGCCAUCUGGGAGGAGUUCAGCGAGCGCUUUGGGGUGCGCCAGAUUGGCGAGUUCUACGGCGCCACCGAGUGCAACUGCAGCAUUGCCAACAUGGACGGCAAGGUGGGUGCCUGUGGCUUCAACAGUCGCAUCCUGCCGCACGUGUACCCCAUCCGGCUGGUGAAGGUGAACGAGGACACCAUGGAGCCGCAGCGGGAUGCUCAGGGCCUCUGCAUCCCCUGCCAGGCGGGGGAGCCCGGCCUCCUGGUGGGCCAGAUCAACCAGCAGGACCCGUUGCGGCGCUUCGACGGCUACAUGAGUGAGAGCGCCACCAGCAAGAAAGUGGCACACAGCGUGUUCCGCAAGGGGGACAGCGCCUACCUGUCAGGUGACGUGCUGGUGAUGGACGAACUGGGCUACAUGUACUUCCGCGACCGCGGCGGGGACACGUUCCGUUGGCGUGGGGAGAACGUGUCCACCACCGAGGUGGAGGCCGUGCUCAGCCGCCUGCUGGGCCAGACCGAUGUGGCAGUGUACGGCGUGGCUGUGCCAGGAGUGGAGGGCAAAGCUGGCAUGGCGGCUAUCGCAGACCCCCUGGGCCAGCUGCACCCCAACGAGCUCUACCAGGAGAUGCAGAAGGUCCUGGCACCUUACGCCCGCCCCAUCUUCCUGCGCCUCUUGCCGCAGGUGGACACGACAGGCACCUUCAAGAUCCAGAAGACGCGGCUGCAGCACGAGGGCUUCGACCCCCGCCAGACCUCGGACCGGCUCUUCUUCUUGGACCUGAAACAGGGCCACUACCUGCCGCUGGACCAGGCGGUCUACACGCGCAUCUGCGCAGGCGCCUUCGCUCUGUGACGCCUCCUUCGCAGGCCCUGU